ACACUCUUCCUUUGCAGCAACACACCUAUAUAGUAUAAAAUACAUCGUAUCGUGCGCUCUCGCCUUUAUAGUUUGGCAUACACCAUAUUAUCCAUCGCAUAGCAUCGCACAAAAGUUGACGAUUGGUUUUAGCGAAGGAUCGACUCGAACUUGAAUUUCGAACGAUAUUUAUGGAUUCGGUGUUGCUGAGUGCAUGUCUGAGUGUGAAUUGUAAUUUGUGACCACCAGGCAGCUACUGUCUUUAAGAAUAUAUUAAUAAUCAGUGAGAUUUCGUCACAAGAUAGUAGUCGAUUUUCGAUCGUUCUCGGCUGUGAUUUUGUGUAUAUCGCUGAAAGAUUACGAUACUUUUUCCUCUCUCCCACUCGUCGCUUGGAGUGAAAUAUCUUCUCUACCACAGAGUAACAACAAACUCAAAGACAGCAAAAUGUCUGCUACCUCAGUACAAACGAACUCGGAGAGUCUCUCUCGUACCAAUAGCAACGUCUCGCUCUCGUGUCACAGCUUAUGCGGCAGCGAUACGGAAUCGACGCUCGGAUCUCAUCCCCAGUAUCAAGACACCAUCCUGACGAUCGAAGAGCUCAGAGCCCAACUCAACUCCUGUUUCACAUGCGGAGUGUCGUGGAUCGAGGAGCACGUAUCGCUCGACUGCAGCGAGUGCGGCGGCUACUCUCUCAAACGGCCAUGCCCAGAAUGCAACGGACAAUGCAACGUCGACUGGAAACGCGACCUCACCAUGUCGCACGCCAGCGGCAAGGCCAGAUGGACCGGCGAAUGCGGACUGAAGCGAGGCCCGACGCUCGACGACACGCUCUGCCCAUCCAUGGAAAAGCUCAGAGCGACAUCGUAAAGCUCCGUGUAUAAUCGUAUUAUCCAUUAAAGCAACGACCGCCACACAUACGCGCAUACACAACAUUAUAUACGUUACACCGUUUUCAUCGACUCGUCAUCGUUGUAUAUCAUUAUUGUAUAUCAUCGUGUCAGACUCAGCACAAGACUUAAUUCUUUGUAUAUGUAUAAACAAGAAGAAAGAAAAAUGACAAAACAAAUUUCAACAACUCUCUUAUAAAUAAAUGUAAAGGAUUCAUCCCCUCUUCAUCGUCGAUUCAUCGAGACUCAAAAUAACACAUAAUUAUAAUGUAAUAUCGAAGAAUUCUAAUAUGCGUUUUUCUCAGAGGACCGUACUUGUUUAUAAUGUUUAAGGCCAAUGUAGAGGAUGUUUCGCCGUUUAUAUCCCCGCGCUAAUCACGUUUAUUGUAUUGUAAACGAUUCGAUGUAUAAUGAUGUGUCGAUAUUGUAUCAGCGUUUUUUCGAUGUAUUUAAAGAAAACCAAAAGCAAGACAAAAAUUUACUGCGUCUCGGCCGUCAGUUUUUUUUUCUUUCUAACGAUACAAUGAGUUUUGUUGGUUUUUUUCUCUUUUAUUUUUGUAAUUAUUAAUUGUAUUUAUGUCAUCACAAAUAUGUCUGCCACAUUGCUCACAGCUUUUAUUUUUUAUAAUAGAAUUACCGCAAACAAAGAUUUAGUUGAUUUACGAAUAAUUACUUGUAUCUUUUUGUUGAAAUUAUAAAUUAAUAACAAUUAGUAAAAUCUGCAAUAUGUUUUUUUUCUUAAUUUGAAGCCUGGAAGCGAUAUUCGCGUCUUGUGUAUUAUGGUCGUGUGUAUCUGUAUUUAAUGUUAUGUUUCGACGAAAUAAAAAAGGAAAAACGUAUACCUACGUACAUAUACAUAUUUGUGCAAUAUUACCUAGACAAUUUGUUGAAUGCGCAUCGGCGUGAACUCUCCCGUUCGAUAAUUUAAAGUAUCCUAAUUUUUUCCGAACUUUAUAUUCGUCGAUUAUAAUUGUCGCACGCGUUUUAUUGCAUGGACAAGAAAAGCCUCUUCGAUUAUCGUUAAUGUAGCAACAUUGUGGGACGAUUACUUGGAUCGAGAGUUCGUCAUGUACAGUGUAACAUACCGCUCUUGCUAAGUAUGCAAAAAUUUUAGAUGUAUAAUUUAUAUGAAAAAUGAGAAAAAGGCUUACUUUUUCGUUUUUCAUUACGUUUUCGUACUUUAAUUUAAAUAUAACUAGCAUAAAUAUAUGGAUUGUUCAAUUCCACGUUAAUAGCGACGAUAUUCUCGUGUCGAAUCCAAAAAAGCUUCGAUGCAAGAACCUAUGCUAAAUCAUUGCUAAUAACUAUCAAGGAUACUGUAAAAAAUAUUUAUGGUAUGCGUGAUCAGGAAUUAUAAUAUGAAAUUGUGUGAGACUGUUUAACUCAAAUUAAAUUAUAAAAAACAUCACCCGUCGCUUAUUUCCGCGCUUUCGUAUAUUCGUAUCUCAUCGUUAUUUGGUUGUACAAAAAAUAAGUAAAUAAUAAUAUAUGCACAAUUGAGAUGUGUAAAAUUAUACUGCGUACAUACGUAUAUGAUAAUAUUAAUUAGGGGGAAUGGAAAAAAGAAUGAAUUGACGUAGGGAGCCAUGGACAAGCCAAUAACUCGAAUAUACGGCGUAACAAAAAAUGGAACGCAAAAUGAUGAGACUCGUGUGUGAAUGUUUUAAAUAUGAAAUAAUAGGCUUAAUUGAAACCAAUAAGACUAAGUGCAUCAAUACGCAUUAUAUACAAUGUCCGAUCGAGGUCCCUAUAUUAGUAUGAAGAUAAUAAAUCAUUAUUUCCAACGAUUUAUAUACAAACGAAUAAUAAAGUACCUAUCCGCAUAUUUUUUUAGUUGAUAAAAGCCAAGUAGUCGAUCAAUUUUUCACGAAAGUAUUCAAUAUGUUUAUGAUAUUGCUCAAGACUAUUGAACUGUGUAAAAUAGUGUAAAAUAUUUCGUCAAUUUUUUUAUAGCGUAUUUAUUAAUUAACAUUGAAACUUCAUUAAUAUUAACUGUUGGAAUUGACGCGCGACCUCUCGGACAGGUGAAGUAAUAAGUAAAAAAAAAA